CAGUAUGUGCUCAUAUGUGUAGGUCCUCCCAGUAGGUUUCUGUCUGCGGUGCGUAUGAGUGCGUGUGAAUAUGCGGUGCUUCAGCAGCUCCCUGCUCUACUCGUGUGUGGAAAGAAAGCAGGCUCCUCACUGUGCUUCACACUGCUAUUUAUAAGGAGAACAAAUGUCAGCUAUGGGAGGAAUCCCACUGCCAGCGGUACUUCCCCCACCACCACCCUUAAGCUGUGCACACACACUUGUGCAGUCGCACAGGCUCCGCACUCCUUCACUUUGCUCCAUUGCCACAGUAACCAGGACAGCGCCCGAGAGGCAGCGCAGGUUCUCGAGCACAGGACAAAGAAGACACUUGUACAAGAUGUCCAAGCAGCCAUCAUCCACCGUGAAAGCCCUGCAGGCCAACCUCAACAUCCCCAUGGGGGCGCUGCGUCCUGGAGCCGCACUUCCCGUGAAGAGGAGAGAGGACUCGCUGGAGGAGACCUCACCUGUCGGCACAGAUGAGAAGAAACAUCUACCUGGAGGGGUGAAGCUGCCCGGCCCAGCGGUGAACCUGUCUGAGAUUCAGAACGUCAAGAGUGAGCUGAGAUGGGUGACCAAGGACUAGAGCCCAGGGUGCGCUCCCCCCUCCCCUCCCCUCCCCAAUGCUGUGACGGAGAGGGGCAGCGAAUCCACCACCGACUGACUCACAGAAGCCCUGAAGAUGAAGAUGGAGAUGAAGAAGAGCUGUUCUGGAGGCCAGGAGGACAUGAGCAUCACUUUCUCACUGAGGACCGAUGGCAAAUUAGAGGACAGCACACAACACACCCCUCAUGGCCCCGGGAGCCUGUGCACAAGGCAUCCCUGCUCCCCAAAGGGUGCACCUGUACUCUUCUUGCUGGGAUGUGUCCACACACACUCCUGUAGCGUCCGCUUGUCACGAUGUGUGUCUCGCUGUGUGUGGAGUUCGCAGCUGUUGCACAAGAUUUCACACACUGCAUCCAAAAAUGCUCAUAUAUGCCUGGAUGUGUUGCAUUUCACCGCAGUAAACAAGUUUAAUUACUUUCAUAUUGAUGUGAAUCAGCAACCUACAGAGAAAUAAUAAUUCUACUUGCGCCGCUUGCUUUGCUCAUUUUUAGUGUGUGCGUGCGCACCACCUACAUGCAGUCUUUGAUUCGUUUCCAAUCUACCACUCAGAUUUAACAUAGUACAUUUUGAGUUCUCCCACAAAGGACACAGUAUGUAGAACAUAAUAAAAAAAUGAAGAAAUAAUGGGCAAAAUGGAAAUAAUAAGAACAUUUAACAAUAUUCCCUUUGCCUUUCAAAAAAAUUACAGUUUGAAAAGAACUCCUAGAGACUUUUUGUAGAAAAACACACACACACACACACACACACACACACACGCACACUUGUGUGUGGUCACCCUUGGAAAAGAGACGUGUGCACACACCGACACAUGCAGAAAGGACACAUAUGGCGUUUCACAAACUCCCAGACAGAACGAACCCCAGAGGAGCU